AUGCCACCUCAGCCGCCCCAGCAGCGGCCGCGCCGCCCUCCACAACCGCCACCUCAGCCGCCCCAGCAGCGGCCGCGCCGCCCUCCACAACCGCCACCUCAGCCGCCCCAGCAGCAGCCGCGCCGCCCUCCACAACCGCCACCUCAGCCGCCCCAGCAGCAGCCGCGCCGCCCUCCACAACCGCCACCUCAGCCGCCCCAGCAGCAGCCGCGCCGCCCUCCACAACCGCCACCUCAGCCGCCCCAGCAGCAGCCGCGCCGCCCUCCACAACCGCCACCUCAGCCGCCCCAGCAGCAGCCGCGCCGCCCUCCACAACCGCCACCUCAGCCGCCCCAGCAGCAGCCGCGCCGCCCUCCACAACCGCCACCUCAGCCGCCCCAGCAGCAGCCGCUCCCGGCCGCGCCACUCCUCCUGGCCGCACCUGCAGCGGCCGCGCCACUCCUCCUGGCCGCACCUGCAGCGGCCGCGCCACUCCUCCUGGCCGCACCUGCAGCGGCCGCGCCACUCCUCCUGGCCGCACCUGCAGCGGCCGCGCCACUCCUCCUGGCCGCACCUGCAGCGGCCGCGCCACUCCUCCUGGCCGCACCUGCAGCGGCCGCGCCACUCCUCCUGGCCGCACCUGCAGCGGCCGCGCCACUCCUCCUGGCCGCACCUGCAGCGGCCGCGCCACUCCUCCUGGCCGCACCUGCAGCGGCCGCGCCACUCCUCCUGGCCGCACCUGCAGCGGCCGCGCCACUCCUCCUGGCCGCACCUGCAGCGGCCGCGCCACUCCUCCUGGCCGCACCUGCAGCGGCCGCGCCACUCCUCCUGGCCGCACCUGCAGCGGCCGCGCCACUCCUCCUGGCCGCACCUGCAGCGGCCGCGCCACUCCUCCUGGCCGCACCUGCAGCGGCCGCGCCACUCCUCCUGGCCGCACCUGCAGCGGCCGCGCCACUCCUCCUGGCCGCACCUGCAGCGGCCGCGCCACUCCUCCUGGCCGCACCUGCAGCGGCCGCGCCACUCCUCCUGGCCGCACCUGCAGCGGCCGCGCCACUCCUCCUGGCCGCACCUGCAGCGGCCGCGCCACUCCUCCUGGCCGCACCUGCAGCGGCCGCGCCACUCCUCCUGGCCGCACCUGCAGCGGCCGCGCCACUCCUCCUGGCCGCACCUGCAGCGGCCGCGCCACUCCUCCUGGCCGCACCUGCAGCGGCCGCGCCACUCCUCCUGGCCGCACCUGCAGCGGCCGCGCCACUCCUCCUGGCCGCACCUGCAGCGGCCGCGCCACUCCUCCUGGCCGCACCUGCAGCGGCCGCGCCACUCCUCCUGGCCGCACCUGCAGGGAUUGCACUAUUCCUCCUAGCUGGCCCAGAAGCAGCCACACCACUCCUCCAUGCCACACCAGCUGGCACCGCAACUGAGGUCCUGUCUUCCCUCCUUGGUGCCCCAUAA